CGCACUUUUCAUACACUUACAUUCAGUUCAAGUGUAUUCAUUAUCAAAGUUACAACGAUAAGGAAGGCGUAAUGUUAUAUAAACAGAUGCGGCCUUUUAACGUGUAACAUAGUACACGUAACAGGUCUACACCUUACACACACACAUGUUGGUUUGGGAAAGACCAGUGUUUGGACUGUCGUCUCUCGGUUGGAUAAAUGACACUUUUUCGCACACUUAAAAUCAGUUGAAGCUCUUGACAAAAGACUCUUCAGAGCCACAUCACUCCGAGUAAACAUCACCACGACUCUUAACAUCCACGAGAAUGGAAAAUUACUUGAUGGAUCAAUGUGUUUUCGGUGAAGGUGCCCAUGGAACCGUAUACAAAGUCAAGUCUUUGAAAACUGGACAGGAAUUUGCCAUGAAACGUUACAAUCAUGGCAUAUCAGAUGCAACCGUGAGAGAGCUCUCUUGUCUAGCGGCACUACGGGGUCACCCUAUUGUGAUCCAGAUGCACGACUGUUUUGUGGAUGAUGGAAAGAUAGUCAUGCUAAUGCCCUUUGUGCCCUACACGCUGAGUCAAGCAAUACACAACAGACACGGCCUGACGUUCUACAGUGGGGAGGGCCAGGUUGAGCCAAUCUCGGUGAGGUUUGUGGCUCAUUUCUCCGUGCAGGUCGCUCAUGCUCUCUUGUAUAUGCAUCGGAAGAAUAUAAUCCAUCGAGAUUUGACUCCUUUUAAUGUGCUUUUGACAGAGAAUUUUACGGUCAAGGUUGCUGACAUGGGCCUCUCCAGACAAUCUGCGAAAUGCAUGAGUACAACUGCAGUGACAGAGCCGUACAGAGCCCCCGAAUUGUUUGUCGAUUCCGGAUUCUCUGAAUAUACCAGUGCCAUUGACAUGUGGAGCCUGGGAGUGAUGGUGGCAGAUGCGAUGGAAGGCAGAAUUGUGUUCUCUCCGUGUAAUAAGAAAGAGUCCACUUACCAGAUUAUUUUAAGAACUCUGUGUCCCAGAGACCACCCCAGUGCACCUAGCUCAAUCCCCUGCAACCCAGAGACUUUAAUGCCUAAUUUGAUAGGGUGUAAUGUGGUGAAGAGGAUAGUGUUUAGACUGCUGGCCUUCCGUGACAACGAGAGACUUUUGGCUCACGAUAUGCUACAGGACAAGGAAUGGAAUGGACUCGCUCGCAUGACAGAGGAAGAUAAAGUUCUGGUCAGAAAGCGACUCCAGGGAACAAAGGAUUGACAGAGUGUUGUUCACGUUGGUGGCACAGAUAGCUGUGGCAUAUGGAAAUGCACAUAAAAAUAAAAUGUCUUUAAACUCGUGUUUCAGUGUCUGUGCGUUAUUUGCAGGUAAAGCAAGAUUUUCUCUUUUUUAAAUGUUGUAGCAGAUUCAAAUUAUUAAUAGUUUGAUAUUAAUGCAGAAACAUUAAUAUUACUCC